CGGAGGGAUGCCGAGGGGGCCCCAGUGCCCCAUGGUGGAGGCCCGGCUUUCACGUGAGACGCAGUGAAGGUCCUUGCAGUGUUUGCAGCGAAGGGCAUGAAAGUUAGGACACCAGCAUAUGAUGGAAGAAGUGUAAACAGACCAGCAAAGAUGAGAGAAGCAGCAGCUAGUUUUAAGUAAGAUUGAUUUCAUUUGGGAUCCUACACAAAUGAAAGUUUGACGUGCGGCGGCCGUUGCUUCACCCGGAAUCUGCCGGCUGAAGCUAAGAGAAGUCGCUUAAGUAGAUGACGAUGAGCUGUGUGAGAUGCUUGCCUUUACGUGAUGUGGUGGCGCCAAGACUUUGAUUCUGUUGUUGACCGGAAUAAAGUGUUUUAAAAAUCACAUUUUAAAGUACGCAGGGAAAGAACCCUACACGUAGCUUUUUGUUUUCUUUUUCAAUAGUUUCUUUAAUUUUUCCCGAGUUCUACAGCAUAAUCAAUAAAUGACCUACUACCUAGGCUUUGUAAAUUAUAACUAAAUUAAAGGCAGAAUUUAGGUGUGUUUUUUUUCCUUCAUAAUUUAGGUUUUUCUGUAGUUGUCAAGAAUUUUAGGAAUAUAAAUCUUGAAAAACUCACUUUUUAAAAAUACAUUUCAGAGUGCUUCUAGCUGCUAGGUUACUUGGAAGAGCUCAUGUAAUCUCAAUGAGUGCUUAAUAGUAUCUUAGUGCUUUAGAGAAAUUGGUCCCACCUGAGAGUAUAAAUUCAGGCGUGGUUCCUGUGGAGAAGGAAUAGUUCAUCUUAAGUAGCAGUCUAUUUGAUUCUGUUCUGUGGUUAAAAAAAAAAAAAGUGAAACUUUUAUGUGACGAUUUUUAGGCAUCAGAAAGUCAGGUCACUGAUGCACAGAACUACCUCUCAAAGCGUUAGAUCCCUCAUAGCAAACAUUUUAUGAUGGAAGGUAGCACCAUCUUGUCAAAUUGCUCAAGUGACAACAAGCAGAAUAUGAAGUACGACUUUUCGUGUGAACUCUACCGGAUGUCCACGUACUCGGCUUUCCCUGCCGGUGUCCCUGUGUCAGAAAGGAGCCUUGCUCGCGCCGGCUUUUACUACACUGGUGUGUUUGAUAAGGUCAAGUGCUUCUGCUGUGGUCUGAUGCUCGAUAACUGGAAACAAGGAGACAGUCCUGCUGAAAAGCACAGAAGGUUGUAUCCCAGCUGCAGCUUCAUCAAGAAUCUGGUUUCUGUGUCUAAUCUGAAUUCCACGUCUAAUCUGGAUUCCACCUCUAAGAAUACUUCACCAGUGAGGAACAGCUUCAAGCAUUCGUUGUGCUCUCCCACUUCGGAAUCUGGUGGCUCCCCUAGCGGUUCUUACUCCAGUCUUUCCUUAAACCCUGCUCAUUCUAGAGCAGUUGACGACUCCUCUCCAUUGAGAACUGACCUCUACAGUUACGCGAUGAGUACCGAAGAAGCCAGAAUUCUUACGUACCACAGGUGGCCACUAACCUUUUUGACACCAGCAGAAUUGGCAAGAGCUGGGUUUUAUUACUUAGGGCCUGGAGAUAGGGUGGCCUGCUUUGCCUGUGCUGGGACACUAAGUAACUGGGAGCCAAAGGAUGAUGCAAUGUCGGAACACAGGAGAUAUUUCCCCAACUGUCCAUUUUUGGAAUAUUCUCUGGAAACCCUGAGGUUUAGCAUUUCAAAUUUGAGCAUGCAGACACAUGCAGCUCGCCUGCGGACAUUCAUGUGCUGGCCAUCUAGUGUUCCAGUCCGACCCGAGCAGCUCGCAAGUGCUGGCUUUUAUUGUGUGGGUCGCAAUGAUGACGUCAAAUGCUUUUGCUGUGAUGGUGGGCUGAGGUGCUGGGAGUCUGGAGAUGACCCAUGGGUGGAACACGCCAAGUGGUUCCCAAGGUGUGAGUUCUUGAUACGCAUGAAAGGACAGGAUUUUGUUGAUGAGAUUCAAGCUAGAUAUCCUCAUCUACUUGAACAGCUGUUGUCCACUUCAGACACUUCUGGAGAUGAAAAUCCUGACCCACCAAUUGUUCAUUUAAGACCUGGAGAGAGCUCUUCCGACGAUGCAGUCAUGAUGAACACACCUGUGGUGAAAGCUGCCUUGGAAAUGGGCUUCAAUAGGAACCUGGUGAAACAGACAGUUCAGAGUCAAAUCCUGACGACUGGGGAGAAUUUCAAAACAGUUAAUGACAUUGUUUCAGCACUUCUUAAUGCCGAAGAUGAAAAAAGAGAAGAAGAGAAGGAAAGACAGAUUGAAGAAGUGGCCUCAGAUGACUUGUCAUUAAUUCGGAGGAACAGAAUGGCCCUCUUCCAGCAGUUGACAUGUGUGCUGCCGAUCUUGGAUAAUCUUCUAAAGGCCAGUGUAAUUAAUAAACAGGAACAUGAAAUUAUUAAACAGAAGACGCAGAUACCUUUACAAGCAAGAGAACUGAUUGAUACAGUUUUAGUUAAAGGGAAUGCUGCUGCCAACAUCUUCAAAAAUUGCUUGAAAGAAAUUGACUCUGCACUAUAUAAGGCUUUAUUUGUGGAAAACAAUAUGAAGUAUAUUCCAUCAGAAGAUGUUUCAGGUCUGUCAUUACAAGAACAAUUGAGGAGAUUGCAAGAAGAAAGGACCUGUAAAGUGUGUAUGGACAAGGAAGUGUCUGUCGUGUUCAUUCCUUGUGGUCAUCUGGUGGUGUGCCAGGAGUGUGCCCCCUCUCUAAGAAAAUGCCCUAUUUGCAGGGGUAUCAUCAAGGGUACUGUUCGGACUUUUCUUUCAUAAAAAUGGACUGUAUCUUUGCCUGCACAUAACAUCUGAAGUAAAAUAGUAAUGACUGGUCACUGGAGCUAUUUAUGUUCUGCUUUGUUUUGAUACUAGUAAUCUUAUUUCAGAAAUAAACACGGCACUAUAGGCCGCAUUUAAUCGUAGUCUCUGCUUGUAGGAAAGGAACUGUUUGAUCUGGUGUAUAUGUGUGAAGCUAAGAGAAAUUGGAAGGACAAUUUCACAUUUUCGUGUACUAUUUCAGGCAUGAAUUAAUGUGGCCUGUGUAUUUUCCCCAGCAGCUUUGAGCACAUCUGCAUCAGAUUGUAACUUAAAGAACCGGAAACCCAGAGCUGCUGAGUUCACCAGUUUUAGUGCUACAUUCUCUUAGGGGUUUUUCACGCCAGUUGUAAAAUAGGAUUUUUGGAUUUUUUUUUUCUCUUAGUGGCAAAUAAGCUGUGCCCUAACUUGUGAGAAACAUUUUAAUAAAGUUCUUUUAAAAGCUA